AAGUCCCAAGGGGUUAUAAACUGUGGGCCAGAGGCUUACGAGCGCUGCUACCACGGUGUAUAAUUUUACAAAGAAAACGCAAAUUAUUUAUGGGAGCCUAAGAAUGUUGUCGGCUUAACUGCCUAAUUUCAAAUUUUAGAACUUCCUUGAUUUGCAACCGUUCUAUACUGCAGCUGUUUAAUGAAUUCACUUCGUAAUUGUGUAAACUGACGUCACAAUAUUAUCAGCCUACACAAGCUAGACUAAUCUUACCCGAAAAGCAUUAAUUUUGCGUCAGUAUAAUUCCGUGACUUACAGCACCUUGUGAUCAUUUUCUCCUAAAGUCGUCGUAAAUACUUCUCGGAUUAUUUUCCCGUCAUGCAUCAAUCUGAAAUCAGAGAAAGUUUUCUGUCGCUUCAUGAAAUAGAAAAUUAUGUUGAAUCGCUGUGUUCGCUUUCGAUGGAGGAUAUCGGAACCCUGAAGUGGUUUAAUCAGCAUGAAAUCUUGGAGAAGUUAAAUAUGCAGGCCCUUGUUGAAGCAAGAAUCCAAGCAGAAGAAUCGGUUCAAGAAAAAUUCAUUUUCUUCGACAAGGCACCCUUGUUGGUAGAACUUCUAGUUCUACACGAUUUGUGGAAAGAAUGCGUUUUUCCAAUCGUAGCACAUCUCGUUCAGUCAAAAAAUGCUCAAAGUUUCCCUACUUACAUGGUGAUGUACAGCAUGGUCACCAUUGCCAGUUUGCUGGAAUCACUCACGUUCCGCUCAACAUUCUGCGAAAAUCUUGAUGAAAGAGCGACUGACCUUGUUGACGUUUGCCACGCAAAUAUUGUUAAAAUGAUCACAGGGAGAUCUGAUAAACACUUCCAGCAACAGAAAUCCAGGAUCUCAAAAAAAUCGGACACACCUGACGAUGCCCAUCAUCAGUUACUCCAGCAGCGGCUGGAUAUUGAAAUGAUACUUUCAGCCAAAUCACUUGGUAUUCUUUGUCAUUUAAUUCAACAUGCUCCAUCCAUUACACUGAGUGCUGUCUGCCGGAUCUGUGAUCAUCAUGAUGUGCCUGUUUUUCUCGCUGACUUAAUCGAACGCAACCCUUGGAAAAUUAUGGAUGGUGAUCAGAUGCAUAAAUUUAUCGAUGGCGAGUGGAAGCCUAUCGCUCCAGACGACCGCAUCUGCUUGACGCAGACGGAAGGUCAAAUGUGGAUGGCUCUGCACCAGUGCAUAUUAGGAUCGGAAUUCCGUGGAAAAUAUUACCUGAACGAGCACCGAAAGAACCGUCUGCUAAAAGUCCGACCACUAUUGACUGAAGUGUUGUUAGAUCAGAUCCCCGGAUUAGUCGACGUUCAACGAUGCUUAGACAUGCUGGUAUUUAUGGAGACACCUAUGCCUAAAAAAGGAUUAAUUAUUGAGCAAGCGCCAGUUGUGAGAGAAGCUUUAUUUUCAGCUUAUAAGGAUCGCUGGGAUCACCUAGCGCAGUGUCACGUGAAUGUGACAUGUAAUGACCAUCGGCUAUUGAAAAUGGUUGCUGCGAGAAUGUCAGAAAUUUACAGUACGGAGUCUAUGGAUCCGAUCCUUCCUGAGCCAGCAAAAUGUGCAUGGUGCGGCUAUGCGGCAUCCAGAAAAUGCUCAAGCUGUAAAGCCGAGUGGUAUUGUCGUCGUGAAUGUCAAGUAAAGCAUUGGAGCAAGCAUAAAGAAGCGUGUAAACUUUUAACGCAACCGCUUUAUACUAACAGUGCACAGUGAAUAUAAGUAGGUUGUCUCCAGUACGUUGUGAAGAUUAAUUUUGCCGACGACGACGUUCGCAGAUUACGCUUUGCAGUGUAAAAUAUAUUUCAUAUCUACUACGAAAGUAAAUUGUGUUAGCCGCCAGAUCUUUCUGCUUUUAAUAAAAGACACACUCAAAAACAGCACCAAAAUAUGUAUUAACGCAUCAAAGUUAAAAUAAAAGC